AUGUCUCGUCGCUGGGCGCGAAAGCUUGAACGCUGCUGUUGCACAUUCGCGACCUACAUCCCUCUGCUCUUCGUCUAUGGCUUGACGACCUGGGCCGUCUGGGUGGAUGUCACCAUUGGGUCCGCGCCCUCCAAAGCCUCGUGGCUCGGCUCCGCGUCUUCCGCCGGCGCUCUCCUCCUCUACGGCCUUCUCAACUGGUCCUACACUACCGCCGUCUUCACGAGCCCGGGGAGCACGACAAACGAUAAUGGCUACAGCACAUUACCCACCGAGGCGCCCCCGGCCGCCACCUCUUUCACCGUCAAGUCCAACGGCGAGCUCCGAUUCUGCAAGAAGUGCCAGGCGAGGAAACCGGACCGGGCCCAUCACUGCUCAACCUGCCGCCGCUGCGUUCUGAAAAUGGACCACCACUGCCCUUGGCUGGCGACUUGCAUCGGCUUGAAGAACCACAAGGCCUUCCUGCUGUUCCUGAUAUACACGACGCUAUUCUGCUUCUACAGCUUCUUUGUCUCCGGCAGCUGGGUGUACACGGAGGUCAUCAACAACACGACAUACGUUGAGACGCUGAUGCCCAUCAACUAUGUUAUACUCAGCGUCAUCGCCGGCAUCAUCGGCAUCGUUGUGGGUGCCUUCACGGGAUGGCACAUCUUGCUUGCGAGUCGGGGCCAGACGACGAUUGAGUGCUUGGAAAAGACGCGUUAUCUGUCGCCGUUGAAGAAGCAAAUGAAGCACCAAUUCGUCGCCCAGCACAACGGCGAGGGUAUCCCCUUGCCCGCAUACGGCCAACAGCUCCUCGACAUCCAUGCGAACGCCCUCCCGGGUAUCACGCGACCCGAAGAAGGCGAAGAAUACCGGGGUCAGCCGGGCGGCUCGAGGCCGACGCACCAGUCGUACGAAGAGAUGGAACGCGAGCGGGCAAAGAAGCGCUACGAAGAGUACCUCGACGAGCAGGACUCUGAGAAGCUCCCCAACGCAUUCGACCUCGGCACAAAACGAAACCUCAUGCAUCUCUUCGGUCCCAAGCCCUUGCUAUGGUUCGUUCCCGUCUGCAACACCACCGGUGACGGCUGGGCCUGGGAGGCCAGUCCGAACUGGCUAGCGGCUCGCGAGAGACUCGCCAGGGAACGCCAGGAACAGCGCGCGCGCGAGAUCAACGCCGGCUGGGGCACCGACGAACCCCCUACCUUUAUGCGUGAGGCGCCGCCUACGAAACCCGACGGCGCAGGUCGUCACUACCUCACCUCACCACCUCCGCCCGCCAACGGUUCGCGUAAGACGCUCUCCAAGGCCGACCGGGUCCUAGGCCGCGACCCCAACUUGUACGCCGACGGGUUCCAGGAGUCGAUGCCCCUGCGGAAGCUUAGCCCGCGCGGCCGGGCCCUCGAGGACGAGCUGGACGACAGCGACCUCGACAUGGAAGACCCGGUGGCGGCGGAGCACCGCGCCCUGAAUCUUGUCACCAACGGUGGUUGGGGACGCAGCGGCGCCAGCGGGCUAUUGAGAAAGCAUAGCCCGUCGUCGCCGUCAUUCAGGGAUCAGCCCGAGAAUGACGACGAUGUGGACUGA